AUGGCCGCCGGGUUCCUGAGCACAGGGGACCAGGCGGCGAAGGGAAACUACGGCCUCCUGGACCAGAUCCAGGCUCUGCGCUGGAUCAAAGAGAACAUCCAGGCUUUCAACGGAGACCCCAAACGAGUCACUAUCUUUGGGUCCGGAGCUGGAGCCUCAUGUGUCAGUCUGCUCACACUGUCACACUACUCUGAAGACAUGUUCCAGAAGGCCAUCAUCCAGAGCGGCACGGCCCUCUCCUCGUGGGCAGUGAACUACCAACCCGCCAAGUACACCCGGGUCUUGGCAGAGCGCGUGGGCUGCAACCUGCCGGACUCCCUGGACCUAGUGUCGUGUCUGCAGGCCAAGAGCUACCGCGAGCUGGUGGAGCAGACGGUGAGCCCGGCCAAGUACCACAUCGCCUUCGGGCCGGUCAUCGACGGAGACGUGAUCCCCGACGACCCCCAGAUCCUCAUGGAGCAGGGGGAGUUCCUCAACUACGACAUCAUGCUGGGGGUGAACCAGGGGGAGGGGUUUAAGUUUGCCGACGGCAUCGUGGACAGCGAGGACGGCGUCUCGGCCAACGACUUCGACUUCGCCGUCUCCGACUUUGUGGAUCAUCUGUACGGAUAUCCAGAGGGCAAGGACACGCUGAGGGAGACGAUCAAGUUCAUGUACACAGACUGGGCAGAUAAGGAAAACCCAGAGACUCGGCGAAAGACUCUGGUCGCACUGUUCACGGAUCACCAGUGGGUGGCGCCAGCAGUCGCCACGGCAGACCUUCACGCUCAGUACGGCUCUCCCACGUACUUCUAUGCCUUCUACCAUCACUGUCAGAGUGACAUGAAGCCGAGCUGGGCCGACGCAGCACAUGGUGACGAGGUGCCCUACGUGUUCGGGAUCCCCAUGAUUGGACCCACAGAACUGUUCAACUGCAACUUCUCCAAGAACGACGUCAUGUUGAGCGCUGUCGUCAUGACCUACUGGACCAACUUUGCCAAAACAGGAGACCCGAACCAGCCCGUGCCGCAGGACACCAAGUUCAUCCACACCAAACCCAACCGCUUUGAGGAGGUGGCCUGGACUAAGUACAACCCCAAAGACCAGCUGUACCUGCACAUCGGUCUGAAGCCCCGCGUCCGCGACCACUACCGUGCCACCAAGGUCGCCUUCUGGCUGGAGCUGGUGCCGCAUCUACAUAACAUCAACGAGUUCUUCCAAUACGUCUCCACCACCACCAAGAUCCCGCCACAGGAGACCACGCCAUACUCCUCCUACACCAAGAGGUUCUCUGGGAAGAACCCUUGGCCCUCCACCACCAGACACCCUGGCAUACCAUCUGCAAACACCAAGCAGGAUCAGCGACCGAGCGCAGAGGAGGAGACCAGCGACGAGGCGGAGAUGUACAUUGUGAGGAAGAGUGACUACUCCACAGAGCUGAGCGUGACGGUCGCAGUCGGGGCCUCCCUCCUCUUCUUAAACGUGCUAGCGUUCGCCGCGUUGUACUACAAGAAAGACAAGCAGAGGCACGAGACCAACAGGCGGGCUCCCACUCCGCUAACUAACCCCACUAGCAACCCUGCGCAGCUACAGCUAGCCACCACCACCACUACUUCUUCUAACGACGUGGCGCACCUGCCGAGCGACGAGCUAAUGUCACUGCAGGUGAAGCAGAUGGAGCAGCGUCUGGAGCUGGAGCAGCGGCUGGAGUGCGAGUCCCUGCAGAGCCACGACGCGCUGAGGCUAGCGCGCCCACCGGACUACACGCUAACGCUGCGCCGCUCGCCAGACGACGUGCCACUAAUGACGCCAAGCACCAUCACCAUGAUCCCGAACUCGCUAGCUAGCAUCCAGCCGCUGCACAACUUCAACACGUUCGGAGGGAGCCAGAACAGUAGCAACCUGCCGCACGGACACUCCACCACGCGGGUAUAG